AUAACUAUUGGCGUAAUUGCCUUAACGCCAUAUUAGCUGUUGCGAUCAUCAAACAUAAUUAAAGGCGUAAGCUGGACGCGUAACUGGAAAUGCUUGAAACGAAGUGAAAUUGCCUCUUACGUUGUAACGGACAUCGCUUCAGAACGUGUCUGUCACUCAACAAUUCUUUCUUCCUUUUCCCAUUCCUUUGCAACAUUUUGAUUAACGAUUGCAAUAUAAUAAUGUAAAGUAACACUUGGGCAAAUGCAUCUAACAUCUACUGUGAAAUCUGUAAUCCUCAUCGUCGCGUUUGCUACGCAGUGCGUGUGCGCCAAAUCGCGGAAUGGACACGGUAAGAGAAAGUUAUGUCCUCUCUCUCACUCUCGUCAGCCAAAUGACUUCCUUCUUUGCUCAUCAGCUUAUUUUGACGAGAAAUUCUGCGUGCUUGAGUGGAUCAUCUACCUGAAGCAACUCUCGUUAAUCGCGUUAAUGUUGUGUGGCGUCGUUUUGUAUUACGUGCCCAAGUCACGUUCAUAUGCUCGGAGAGCGUGUUGCAUCUUGAUAGAUACUGUUGCAAACGGAUUGAAGUUUGCCUUAAAUACAAAUGGAACUGAUCGUGAAAAGAUAAAAGCGAGAAACGAAACCGUUCAAAACGAAGAGCUAAGAAUACAAGAACUAUAUCGAAAAGUGUACGAAGAAGAUACAAAGGAUCAUGGACAAAUAUAUGGUAACAAAACGAACUUCGACAACGGUAUCGAUAAAUCAAUAAGAAAACACAAAAGUAAGAAAUAUCGCACAGGGCACAACGAUGGAAAACGUCAUCGACACAAUCAUCAUCGAGAUGCGGAUAACAAUGUAUUGCCGGAAUCUGAUGCAGUGGUAGUGUCAACCAUCACCAGCCCACAGCAAAUAUCGAUAAUCGAUGAAAAAUGCGAGAAAGACAAUGCGGAAAUUCCACAAAAUACUUGUCCAGAAAUGAAAAUCACGACGUAUGUGUCGGCGGAUAACUUACGAAAUAAGACUCAUUUGCGAAAAUUCAAGACUGCAUCUCCAAAACAAGAAGACGUAAGCAACAUUGAUACUGAUAUAGAAUUGCAGACUAAACAAAAUUUUAGAUAUAUGAAGCAUAAGGAAGAUUCAAUUGCUCCCCAACACCAAUUGAGUAAAGAUUGCGCGACAAGAAUUAUAAACAAGCCAAUGGAUCCACAUUAUGAAAAAUUAUUCACAAAGCGAGAGUUACGUGACGAGCGUCGGAAAGAAAACCGACGAUUUCUUCACGAUACAAAGAAUCUUACUCAAAAAUGUUAUGAAAUUUCAUUGAUUACAAAGGAUCGGGUCAAACCAGUUCUGCUGCGAGUGGUGAACUGGUUAUUUGGCGGUUGCCCAGAGGCAUCGAGACGACACCGAGAGCAAGUGGACAAAGUCGGAAAGGAAGAAAUUUUCAAGUCCACCAACAUGUGGCUCCCUGAAACGAGCGAAUUGUAUCUGCAGCAGUAAAGUGCAGGGCUGUCGAUAAACGCAGAGACCUAUGUUUUUACCUCAACAGUGGAGAUUAUUUAAAGUCAUAGUGAAUUGUUAAUCGACGACAGUAUUGUACCAUCAAAUUUUGCAUAGCAACGAUUACUUCCAUUGGCAUAUCUUUUUGUUAUUUUACAAAGGUUGGAAAUAAAUUUGUCCGAUUUACUUCUCUUCUUCAUUUCUGUGCUUAAUAAUAUAAUAAAAUAUAAAUAU